CUCAGCCCGACGUCUCUACGGCUGACAACCAUUCACAUCUCUACCUCUACGUAUUCAUAUCCACCGACCUGGGCUUAGUGCUACCCAUUUUGUUCACUGUUCCUGACCGUGAUAUGGCAAGUGCGAGGUGCUCGGGAUGCUAUGUCGACUUGGCAUUUUCAACAUGACAGCGUCGUCGAUUUUUGAUGCUGGACGUGACCUCAAUCAACGUCCCAGCACGUAUUCAAGCCAAGUCCACCGAGCUACCUCUACAGUCGACGUGUUGCGCAAUGAGAAUGGGCGUUUGCCGUGGCUGACAAAACAAGGAAAACUUGGCACGAACCUUGUUCUAGGAAAGCUUCCACGCCGAUGCUUCAACCACUCAGCUUUCUUGGUAUCCGACCAUGAUGGCAUUCUCCCUGACUGUGGUCUAGGCCCAAACCCCUGCAUCAGCCAUUGACGGUCUGAUUCUCAGGGUCCUGUCUUCAACCAUCAGGGCGCUGUUGGGCUGUUGCAUCCACGCCGCCAUCGUCAUUUUCAGACCUCCUCAUUGGAGCGCGUUGCUUCAGACCAUUCAAAGGGUCCUGCCACCCUCCUUCAUCAACCGACUUUGACGUCAUUUUGAAUCCUAAUCGUCACUAGCAGCAGCGUCUUCAACCGUCCUCAAACAUGAGGUAGCCAAAAGCAGGUUUCAUCGGGUACACAAACGAUGAUGAUUGUCGUCGUGGUGGGAUAGAAAUACCAUCGCAAGUGCCGGUAUCUUCCCGUGUCCAAGCACUUCAUCUUCAUCGAUAACCAGCAAGCAAACGAACCAUCCAAGCUCAGCAAACCUUGAAUAUCUUCACCUCAACCAACUCCAUCAUCAACAAUAACAACAACAACAACAACAACCACACAACAAGCAUCAACAUGCCUCUCUUCUCCCGCCACGCCGAGCCUGAGCCCGCCCCGGCCCCCGUCUACCAGGAACCUGCUCCCAAGCGCCACUCCCUCUUCGGCGGUUCCCACCACCGCUCGCCCUCUCCCGGGUCGCCCACCUACUCCUCCGCAUCGGACCGCAACCGCUCCACCAGCCGAGACUCCGGACACGGAACUCAGCGCAAGGGCAGCCUGUUGUCUCGCACCUUCGGCAACGGUACCUCGACCAGCCACGACGUCGACCCGUCCAUCAUGCAGGCUCGCGAGCGCGUUAUGAUGGCCGAGGCUGCCGAACGCGAUGCGGACCGAGCGCUGAUGGCUGCCAGGGAGAGCGUAAGGCAGGCUCGGGAGCAUGUGAGGGCGUUGGAGCUCGAGGCACAGGAGGAGGCGAGGAGGGCCAAGAUUAAGCAGUACCAUGCUAAGGAGGUGUCAAAGAGGGGAAAGCAGUUGGGACGUCACGGCAUUUGAACGCUCAUUUCCCGUUAACACUUCCGUUUGGUCCUCGGUGAAGGAAAGAAGCCAGCCAAUGCGUUUUCUUCUUCUGUUGAUCCUGUUUUAAUACGUUCUUCCAUUGGCUUCUGUCAGAUUAUAAUAUCCACACGCACCCGGCGAAGGAGUUGAGAGUUCGAUGUACCACGUGACAGAAGGAGGGAAGUCGCGAUAAGCAUAGUACGAGCAGGCAAGACGCAAGAAGUCCAAUUGUUGUUCACUUUCUAAUUAAUAUUAAUAUUUAUAUUACUAUCUAAAUGUGUG